CCAUUCAUCUACUACGUUCAUAGUUCUUUUUACCAUGGAGAGCUCGACGAUGAAGCAAGAUGGAGUUGUGUUUCGGAAGUUUCGGAGUACAAUCCCUCGGAUCACUCGUCUGCUGGCACCAGCGGUGACACGUCUAACCCCCGUAUUGGACAUGGAAGAAACAGAGGCGCAGACCAUCUCGUCUAGACACAAAACUUUGGCAUUCUAUCAGAGGCUGGAUGGCCACAAUAUCUCGUUUGUGUUCCGGAGUGAUCCACCUGAAUUUGAUAAACUUUUGGAUGACGAAAUAGUGCUAGAAAAUCUCGUCCUUGCAUUUCCUUUUUGUUUUGAGGAUGUUGAGGACGAUAAUUUUCGAAGACCACAGCCCUCUGUGGCGCGCUGAAAUCGGGAUAAACGCGAUAAACGUCAACAUUCUUGUUUGGUUCGUGGUUUCGUCAGAUAUGACUAAUCUUGCAGACAUUACUAAUGUAGGCCGCCAACCAUGUGCUUCAAGAUGGCUGCAGAAAACCGAAAAUGAUAUGUGAACUGUGAACUCGUGACUGAGUUUUCGAUAUGUACUGGGAGUUCUUGUUUGAAGUUGCUUUUCCUUGUGUACAGUUGUGCAUGUAGGGAUCUUUGUCAAUACAGUUUAUGUGAGAAGUGUUUGUUCUGUAACUUUGGUGACGAUGGCCCGUCUUAUGAAAAUACUAAAGACUCUGCGGAACCAUUGGAAAAAGUCUACUUUUGCAGGCUGCCUCAUAGCCUACGGAGCAUCGUAUUUAAAUGAAAGGCACAGGACCAACUUGUUAAUGCGAGCUUUCUGCGAAGAAGCAAAGGUAUACGGUGAGAGGACUUUACCAACGGGACUGAAACCGAGGCAUGUCACGGUGAUCGUGAAUCCAACUGCGAAAGACGGGAAGGGAAAAAUACAAUACGAAAAAUAUGCCGCUCCCCUGUUUCACUUAGCUGGAAUCAAAGUCAGCUACUUUCAGACUGAAUAUCAAGGUCAAGCAAAGGGCCUGAUGGAAGUUAUGGAAAGCACAGAUGCUGUAGUUAUUGCAGGAGGAGAUGGCACAUUACACGAGGCAGUGACGGGGCUCAUGAGCAGAGAAGAUUAUGCAACUGCAUGCAAGAUGUAUCCCAUUGGCGUCAUACCUUCAGGAAAAACAAACACGCUGUCAAGGUCGCUCUUUUGGCAAACUGGAAUGACAGAUGCCAGGUGGAUUGCGGAAUCGGCGAUGGCUGUAGUGAGAGAACAGGUGGAUCAACUAGAUGUGCUUCGUGUCACGCUUGAUCCUGCAUCUGCAGAGGAACCUGCGACUGAUGUGGAAAAAUUGGAAAAGCCAGAAAAACCAAAGGAAGUGUAUGCAGUGGCUAAGCUGGAGCACGGCGUGUUCAGAGAUGCUGACCUACUUGUUCCAAAGUACUGGUACUUUGGCAUGCUGAAAGCGAGGGCCGCGUACUUCUUCCAGGCAAUAAAGGAAAAACCCCGGGCCACGAUUGCAAGGUUGGGACUCGUCCGCCCCUGCGAGGGAUGUUCCAAGUGCUACGUCCCGCCCAAGGAAGAGGUGCGCGGGAACACGGGGCGCUGGUGGUCCGUUUUUCUACCGAGAUCGGCACCACAAGCUGUGACAGCAAGUGGCCCAGACUAUUCUCGCAUAGAAAAUGAGGACUGCGGGACGUGGCAUUAUGACAUAGUGGAAGCCUGUAGCUUAGAACUCUCUGCAAAUCGGAAGGAGGACCAAGGUGCAGUGUCAGUGGCGGUCGGUCCUCCUCUCAUGGGGCGUACGGAAUUCAUGCAGCAAGGCUGGAGAAGGCACUCGAAAACACCGGGAACAACAAAACAUCUCUUGUUCGCGAAGGACGUUGACCUCAAGUUCGAGACACUGGAGCCAGAGAACAAAGAAGAAGAAGAAACGCCCAAAACGAAACUGAGCAUCGACUCUGUGGAAUACCAGGCAGACCGUGUCAUCAUCCAGUUAUUUCCCAGGGCACUAAAUGUUUAUUGUACGAGGCAGUAAAGUAAAAAAGGAGAAAUAAAGGAGGGCCCUACAUACA